CCCCCACGCCAGGGUCAUUAAGCCAGAGGUUGUCGUUCUGCGUGAGCGCCACCCUCAAAGCCGUCAAGUCUGAGCUGAACCUCGUCAACCUCACGGAAAAGCCGUGGGCGAUGACAAGGGGCUGUCGGAAGAGGAGAGCAAAGAAGCCAUCGAAAAGGCGAGGCGCAUCGUUGACUACCUCAUCAAGCGCGUGGGGAGCGACAUCGAGGAGGCACGGGUCGAGUUCCAUUUGACUCAGGACAACGAGCUGUCCGUCGUCCAACUCUCACCCUCCUCAGCGGAGGUUAGCAAGAGGCGCUCAGACAGCAGCAACAACUUCUGGAAAGGCCCGUCCAGUGUCAUAGCCGACUGUGUGGUCAACACAUUCCAAGACGUGCUUCUGGAGUUGCAGAAGCACAACCAGUUCUUCGACCCCAAGGUGGCGCAGGACCCCGAAAGUCACCGUGAUUCGUCCGUCAGGCCAGGUCUGCCCUACCUGGUCGAGAAAUUCAUUCUCUCACACUUGCUGGACAUCUCCGGAUCCCUACACUCGGCAUCCAGUAAGGCUCCCAGAAAGAUGAAGAAGGAGGAUCUGCUGGUGGCUCGCGCUUUAUACGACGUCCUACAGGACAUGCUUCGUGAGGAAGAAUGCUCGCCGGAGACCUCUGCCAAAGCCGACUUGGAGUCGCAAGAGAUGAUGCGGCGGCGGAAAUUUAUCCUCGGAGUUCUGAAAAAAUUCUUACCCAAUGCCGUUCCUUCCAAAUAUCUCACCUCGUCUCUCUCCGCCAUAGAGGUCGCGGAAAAACUGGAGGGCGAUAAAACAGUCGGCACACUCGAGGAGGUCAUGAAAGUCAUGCACGAGAUCGUCACCUCCGUGAAGCAGAGCCAGGAAGAGGAGCAGCCGAUGUCGACUCCCCAGCCUUACCCUGCCCCCGGGGACGCCCCCAGCCUAGCGGAUGUCGUCGUACAGACCACACAGCAGACGGCCCUCUACGUCCGUGAAGGCCAAGUGCAGGACCACGACCUCCGGCGUCUCAGCGCGGCCUUUGACCUCGAUGUCAGCGAGGAGGAGCCCACGGAGGUCGUGCAGACUAAGGCGCUGGAGUGUCUGGAGCAGUUGGUCGUCGACGUUCGACAAGGCAAGAUUCCGCGCAACAAGCUGCAGCAAGCCGCCCAGCAUCUGAACAAGGAGGCAGUAACCAGAUCUCAUUCCCAGGCCACCUCGCUCAGUAUUUCCACGCAGGAACUACUCAAACAGGCGGUAACCGGUCUGAUGGAGGAGCUUACAGACAGAUCGCAAUUACAGGACAAUGAGGAGGGAGAUAAGGAAACGGUCGUAAAAAGCCGAAAGGAAUCGCUGGACGAACGGACCGUUAGCAAGACUGACGUGCGUCACCCCUCCGACAACCGGAUGGAGCUGUCCUCCUCCCGCAUCUACUCGACAACACAACCCCCUACCCCAGCCCCUCAUAUCCCCCCGCUGAAUGAGGAAGCGGAAGUCACUGGGGAUGACGAUGAGGGGAAAAGAAAGGCGACUGCCUCUGUCAGUGAAACGUCAGAGUCCAGAAGAAAAAAAGCUGGUAAAAAACUCUAUUCCUUCUCUCGCUGGACUUACAGUGGUACUCCCGUGGACGUUCCGAUGUUCUUAUAUCGCACAGAUUCCGACAGCAGCUCGAGGGAUUUGCUUGACAGUGAAAUCGUCCUCGCACAGUCAGACUCGGCAACAGCCCACGGGAGAGAGGACAUCGCGGAGACAGGCGAGAAACAAAUCAGAAGCAGUUGCAGUCCAACUCCCCUUCAGAAGACUGCUGUAGACGAGAGUCGGAGGCUCGAUGGGCCUCUGGAGGCAGAGGAACAAACUGAUGAAGAUGGUCAAAAGGUAGCUUCCAUCUCUGGCUUAUCGGAUACUGCCAGUUCUACGAAGGACAGUGAGCACCACCAAACAUCAGAACUGACAGCCCCAGACUCCCAGUGCCCGAGAGUUGAAAGUGCCACGAAGACAAGUGAAAAGACAGGUGAAGAGAAAAGUAAAGGUCAUCUGAAAGAAGGUUCAGUCUCUCCCUUAUUGGAAACUGCCAGUUCUCCUUUGGACAGUGAACACUACAUACCUUCAAAAUCGACAGAGAAGAUAGGUGAACAAACAGGUGAAGGUGGUCUGCAAGCAGCUCCAGUCCAAGUCUUGUUGGACACUGUCAGUUCUCCGUUGGACAGUGAUCACUACAUGCAUUCAAAAAUGAUAGGAACAGCAUCCGAGCCCACAUUGCGCGAUACCAAAAUGUCCCUGCCAGACACAGGAUUCAUAUCGGAUGGCCAUUUGCCCAAAGAAAUGGACGAUUCAGGAGAAAUUGUAAUGCGAAAAGAGUCAAUCCUUGACAUGUUGGACACUGUCGGUUCUCCUAUGGACAGUGGGCAGCCCUGUCAACCGACAGACACAACUUCAUUUCUUGAAGCAUCAGAGUCCGGCUCGAAUGAUUCAGUCAAAGUCAAAGAGACCGAGGACAUCCCGGAGACAGCAUCGGAGGCUGGUUCGCACGAUGUCAGCUCGAGACAAACUACCACUGAACCACAAGACACGGGGUUCCAGACAGACAGCCAAUAUGCCGAGGCCCCCGUGGAGACAGUAUCUGAAGACGAUACUCGUAACAGCGUCUCCCCCAACCUUCCCGAUGACGAGAAGCAGGACUGUAACCGCAGCGCCGUGACGUCCUCGCGCACCAACCACUUGGCGCGUGUGGAGACCUGGUCCAGGUCUCCUUCUCUUGUGCCACAAAAGGUCAAGACCACAGGCUCGCUCGAACUCCAGAAAAGCCCAGCAAAGAAGUACAAGAAGUUAAAGAGAAGAUCCUCAAGAAGAGACAACCUAAAUAAGCGAUGUGAAGAGCUCUUGUUGCCCAUCAACAAGUGGAAGACGCUGCUUGACGGCAUCCUCCCGGCCAAUGAGGAGAGUACCCCCACUCUCUGGUCUUCGGGUUCUCGCCGGAGUCGAAGGACCAAUAAUCCAAAUACGAAACAUCGAAAACGCUCUGCUUCCCAGAAUGCGGCGUCUUCAUUGUCGACCAAGACCACUCUCGAUACCUCUGACAAACAGCCACGUCCCCCCUUCCAUCUGGACGAUACUACGGAGGCUUCGAGUGGUCCUUCUCCGCCGAAGGGCAUGGUGGGGGCUCAAAAGAAGAGGACGUCCCUCAGGACCUACAACCCAUCCUCAGGCAAACUGCCCAAAGUCACAGAAAGCAAUUCCGCGCCACGUGAGGAUCGCUUCCCACAUGGGGAUGAGAGCGGUGCGCAUGUAAGUCGCUCUCGGUUGACCAAGGCACUUGAUGCCUCCACCAACAGAAGCUUGCCUCUCGACCCUUGCCCUAGCUCGUCCCAUCAGUUUAAAACGGAUAACAUUACGAUACCUCAGGUCAAAAAGAACCCCAGUCACAUGUCCAAGUCCAGAAAUGACGCUCGCAGCGAUUCGACAUCCUCUAAUAUCUUGACGACCGUCACUUCUUUGCCCUGUCCGCCUGGGCAGCAGCCCAAGGACCCUCACCUUCAAAGUCUCACAUCGUCGUGCCCAUCGUCUGCCCAUAAACUGCAGAAGACCGCCCACAAACAGCCGGUCCGUGAAAUGACUGCCGUGUCGCAAUCCAAUUCUGAAAAGAAGGGAACCGGACUACCUUACUGUUCCAAGAGGAUGAGCACAGCGGACAUUGAGGCCUGGUUGCUGGAAGAACAAAAUAAACAAGAAUGGAAGGGGAGGAGGGUGCAAAAGGAGACCCACCCAACUCGCGAGAAGCUUCGACGACCUGCCUCUUCCAGCGAUGGGCCGCGGCUUCAGACCUGUGCCCCAGCAGCGCGCAUAGACGAUGGAACCUCUCGCUGCAAGGUCAGCAGCCAACAGCAGCAACAACGACAACAACAUCAGCAAGAACAACACCUUCAGCAGAAGACCACCCCUCUGGCCAAAGAACUAGCUCCGCGAAACACUGAUCAGUAUGGCCGUCCUCUUAACUUGACCUUCGCUCGCCAACUGGGUAUCGGCGCGUCCACCUUCAAACCGCAUCCACCACCCCCUCGAAAGUUUUACUCACCUCCAGUUGAGAUUCUGGAAGACGGUGUUCACCAUAAGCCAACCUCGAAGGUACGGCUUUUGGGCGUGGUCCGGGGCAAGCGCCGGCAGACUGGGUUGUGCCCCAUGGUGAGGACAAAGGUCGCGAGUCACCUUACAGUGGCAGCAGCUUCCUAAAGUGAUGCAACACAGAGUACUCAUUACAGUCACAUCGGCACCCAGGGUGGCUCCUGUCAGGCCCAAAGACACAUGGCUGUGCGCUGGUGAAAGAACUUUGUGAAUGGGUGUCAGAAACCGCCGGAAUACAAAGAAGCUAAAGCAGAAAAAAUUAGAAAAAGAAACGUCCUUCAGGUUUGAGGAGAAAGAAUUUCCUGUUAUAGAAACGCUUUCAAAUUUGUAUAUCAGACUGGCCUUUACUUCAUACUUUCAUACUUUAUGCCGCACAUGUAAAAAUAAAUUAAAAAACCCUGAAAAUCUU